UUCGGUUGGUCUUCCUGACAGGCUGUCCGGUCGGCAAAGGAGGGUGUUUCCUCUUUCGCCGGUCGUGUGAAACUGUCCAGGUGGCCGCCCAGGUCGGCGGUAGGUUUCUUGCUCUUCUCAUCCGUCCACGUCCUCGUGGACUCCUAGCGUCAGCGGAGGAGUGAAUCGCCAGCGACGCCGCGGGAUCUCCGCAAGAGGAAAAGGCGGCAAAAACGUCUCCUUUUCUUUGGCUCACGGUGCCUUGAUUGAUGAGCUCGCUGAGUAACCGACCUUAGAUAGGACUGACUACGGUAGGAACGACUCUGAUUAAUUGCCUAGUCCGCGUGAUGAACGUGAGAGGACGUUGCAGUGAUGGGACAAAUGAUAAUGAUGAUGGGACUAUGCAGUGAUGGGAGCGGCAUGUCCCUUUUGCCCUCCAGGGCACACUCGCACACUUGCACUUUCCUGCAGGGGCUUGAGCGUAAUUGUAAGAAAAACCCUACGUUGAAUUGAUUUGGCUGUAAAGUCCCAGUUGCUAGCUGCGAUGUACCCACAGUUUGCAGUUCGGCGGGCGGAUUCAGAGGCGGCAGCGACGGCGAGGGGGAUCAUCAUCGCAGUCAAGCAGCGGAAGUGGAGGAGCAGGUGAGGAUCCUGUAGUGCAGAUAUUGUGUCCCUUGGCGUGUAUUGUGGCUUGGCAGAGGUGAGGGUUGACUGAGACAUUGGACAGAGGGCGAUGGGCUGGAAAGGCAGGAAGGAGAGUUUGUGACCUUGGGGGGCAUGGGAAGUAUAUGUGGGGUAGUCGGUCGUUUGAACGACAAGCUACCUUCCUGUUGGGUAAUCAGUUCUCCUUUCAGAUGCGUCGAUGAAAGUGAGGAGGAGUAACAGAGCUAAGGAGGGAGAGGGCACGUUCGGGUGGGGCUGAAAGGACAAGCACAUGUAAUCAGAUGUCCAUUCGGAUGCGUUGAUGAAAGUGAGGAGGAGGAAGAGAGUAAGGAGGGAGAAGGCACCUUGGGGUUGGGCUGAAAGUAGGAGGAAGAGGAUGAGGGAAAGGGAGAGCAGGAUCUGCUAAUCUUAAGGUUGAGCUGGUGUGCGACAGCGCAGCAGAAGGUCAGGGGGGGGGGGGGGGGGGGGGGGGGGGGGGGGGGGGGGGGGGGGGGGGGGGGCGCGCGGCCGCGCGGGGCACGUGGGAUUAAAGGCGGGCCCGAGGAGUAGAAGAAGGAGGGGGGUAUACGAGUCGUCGGCCGGAUGGCGUCUGGCACAGAUCGACGCUCGGGGACGCAGAAACGUCCUAAAGGGUCUUUGUCAAGAUCAUCAUCCAGGGAUGAUGUCCGUAAGAGAGCGUCCAGGAGCCAUUCGGAGAAGUCCGCUGCGAUCGAGGAAUUGGAGCUAGAGAUCGAAGAGCUAAAGAACAGGCAAUUGAAGGAGAGAGAAGGGCUCGCGAUCACAAAGAGACCCUUUCACACUCUCAUGUACUGCUGUUUGGCUCUUUAUGAGUACACGGCGGAGACCGUAAAAUACCUUGCACGACAAAGAUUGCUGCAGUUUAGUGUUUUGCUAUCGCUUCUUGUUGGCGGGUCGUUGAUUGCAUUUGAUGGGCUGGAUCAUGAGUUUGUGGGCGAAGCCGUUUCAUAUUUGCGAUUUGUUGUUUGGUGGGUAGGACUUGGCGUGGCAUCCUCCAUUGGUCUAGGCUCCGGUUUGCACACAUUCGUGCUGUACUUGGGGCCACACAUUGCACAGUUUACUAUGAAGGCAACCCAGUGUGGACGAGUGGAUUUAAAGCAGGCUGUUUACGAUACGGCGCAUUGGGCCACAGAGUCCACAUGGGGUGGAAAGGAUUGCGAUGGAUUUGGUCCAGCUAUGUACCCACACUUUCCAGAGAGGCAUGGAGGUUAUAAAGUUCCGCUUUGGAUGGUGUUGAGACAGGUGCAACCUGAGGCUAUUCUCUGGGGCCUUGGAACUGCCCUGGGCGAGCUUCCUCCAUACUUCGUUUCCAGAGCAGCAAGGUUGUCGGGUCAGAGAAUUCAAGAGUUGGAAGAUUUUAGCAAAGAGGACCUUCCACAGUCGGGGUUCUUUUGGAGGAUCAAGUUAUUCAUUUUUAAGCAAGCGAGCAAUUUCGGCUUCUUCACAAUUCUUCUGUUCGCGUCGGUACCAAAUCCACUGUUUGACCUGGCAGGCAUAACCUGUGGACACUUCCUUGUGCCUUUUGUGAAAUUCUUCUCGGCGACCCUCAUUGGGAAGGCAAUAAUCAAGGCUCACAUUCAGACCCUUUUCAUCGUCCUUGCUUUCAAUGCCCAUUCUAUGGAAAGGGUCGAGGCAGGCCUCGUCUGGAUGAUGGGCCAUAUGCCUAUUGCUAGACAUGUCAUUCCAAGGAUCAAGCGAGUACUCAGUAAUGCCAGAAAUAAGUUCACUUCAACAUCAGAGGGGCAUUCAAAGAGUCCAUCAAAAUUCUCCUUCGCAGCUUGGUGGAACUGGUUUGUACUGCUAAUGCUUGCGGGAUUUAUCUUCUCGGCCAUCAGCUCGACGGCAAUGGGAUAUCUUAUGGAAAGACAUAAGCGGGAGAUGCAGGAACUCAACCGGAAGCUGAGGGAGUUGAAAGAGAGUAGCCCAGAGAGAGAGACACAUGCAGGUAGUAAUAACGGGCGAGGGAAUGGAAGGCCGCAACGGUAGUGGGGUCGAACAGGGAGUAUAGGGUCUCCUUGGAGUCGCGAUAGACUCCUUGGAGAAGGUGUCUUUUAGCCCCCUCCUCCUCGAUUGUGAGGUAUUGUUUGUCUCUUAUUCAUUUGUUUCUCGCCUGCUGCCCUCCGCUUCUAAACUGCCUCAGGUCUUUAGAAAUCCAUCCAACCAACUUGACGUGCUUUGUCCUCUGUAACCUAACCCCAUCUUUUGUUAUUUUUCUCACUUUUGCUGUCGUAGUCCUUCUCAGAAAACAGCACACGCCAGCGAUUCGUGCGCCAGUGUGUGUUGUGAUUGUGAAUCUUCGGUGAAGUCAAAAGUCUCCUCUAGGUCAUGCAGGGUGUGUUCCGGUUGUCCGUGUCUGUUUUUUAGCGUUCUCUGUCUUCUGUGUGCCAGGUCGUAUGCAGUUUUCUUCUUGGCAUUAGAUUGGUUGGGGAUAUGGGAGGAGAGGCGGGGGGAGCCUGGGAAGGGCGAUGCAGAAAUUUGUUUGACGAAAAACAAGAUAAAGAGGAAAGAGAUUU